UCUUAUGCGACUUUUGUGUGAACAAGACGUAUCUUUAAGAGUUUCUUGGUUUUUAUUAAUCAUUUUCUGCAGUGUUUCAACAAUGGCUUUGAACCAAAAUGAUGUAUUUGCAUCAAUUAAUAAUUUCAUUACCUUAAAAUCAAAGGAUCGCGCAAAUUACAUGCAUCACUGCCGGAGAGUGAUGUCUGUGGUGCUAAAUUCACUUGGCAAUAGCAGUGAUCUGUUUAAGAAAAUGUCAAAUGGAUUUGAGUUUUCGGGCAGCUACAGGGACAACUUGAAAAUAUCAUUGCCAGAUGAGUAUGAUAUUAAUCUUAAGAUGAAACUACCCUUCGGGGAGGAUAAAGUGAAAGUUAGUUCAGUGCAUGAUAAACCUGGCUAUGUUAAAAUCAACGUAAAAGAUUUGUUAGAAGAUAUGAAGACGGCAACAGGAAUGCAGGAAGCUUACAAAGAGCUGUCUAAACUCUGCGAUACUUCUGGCUAUUUACUCCAAAAUCUUUGGCUUAAUUGGUUUGAAAGUAAACUAUCCAAAUGCUUCGGAGAUAUUCAAACCAUUUUACGUGAUGAAUACUAUUUGUAUAUUAGUAAAUCAGGACCAGCCAAAACUAUAAUUGUUUCAUCUGUCCGUGAUGGUUCCAAAUUCAGUAUUGACUUUGUAAUUGGAAUUGUUUUUGGUUUAACUAAGUGGAUGGCAACGCGUAAAAUUCCAAAUUCAUUGAAAAAUGAAGAUCAUUACUGGAUGGCCAUUCCUAAGCCAAAUAAAACAGAUACUCCUGGACAAAAUAAUCCUACAUGGAUCGCGAGCUAUCCUGCACAGGAGCACAAUAUCAUUCAUAACUCCAAUCGCUUGAAGGAUUCUAUUCGUUUCAUUAAGAAACUUCGAGAUCGCCGGCAAAUUCAAAAUUUGAAGAGUUUUUACAUAAAGAAUGUGGUGAUGCUGGAAGUUGACAAAAGAAGUUCAAACUACUGGAAUUCUCCCCUUGCAGAUGUGCUCAAGGAUAUGCUUCGUGCUAUUAUUGAACAUGUGGAGAAAGGAAUAAUUCCAUCAUAUUGGAAUAAUCAAAAUAAUCUGAUUGGAAGUUUUUCUUCUGAACAAAAACGUGAUAUGGCGGAUAAACUGAAAAAUAUCGAAAGAAUUUGGACUACUUCAUUGGAUAAGGAGAAAAUUAUGCGAACCAUUUUAACUGAUGAAGAAAUUCGUCAACUUGAGACAAAUCCGACUUAUGCUGGCAUUGAUCUUAAUCGUCUUGACAUCAGAUAAAAGUUGUUCUGCAAAGUCUGCAAUGGAAACGAAGCCACAAAUAUCUGGACCUUGCACAAUAAAUACAAAGAAAUUUGUUGACGAAGUGGACUCUAAACGAAAUACUCAGUCUAACAAUGAAUCGCAGAAGAAACUACUUACCGAUGAACCGAUUAAUGAAUUAGAAGCGCGCUAUAAUUUCCAUAAAAGAUUUCAAAAUAAUGAAGAAACCUUGAGGGAUUUUAUAAAGGAUUUGAAGAAACUCGCAAUAAACUGCAAUUUUGCCGAUCUCCAGGAUACACUCAGAGAUCGCCUGAUAUGUGGAAUGAAAGACAAAAUGAUUAGGAAAAAGUUAAUUGCUGAGAAAAACCUUACAUUUCAGAGGGCUUGCGAUAUAGCAUUGAAUGUAGAAAAAGGAAAAUUAUAAAAUUAAAGAGAAUAAUUUAAAAAACUUUAAUUUAUAACACUUUGUGAAUCCAUCGAUUUGGCAUUAAAAAAACAAGAAUAUUGAGUACAAAAUAAAAAAAGUAAACAAAAGCCUCUUAAAAGAAAUUAAGAGUUUAAGUCCCGAUAUUUGUAUCCAAUAUAAUAUCUGGCUAAGCGUCCAUUAAACAUUCGCUGACUUAAGUAUAAGUAAUGUGAAACAUAAUAUUUCCCCGAAUUUUUCCAAGAUAAAAAUUCCUGAAAAUGACGUGCAUGAACCCAAAGAAAACGUUUCUUGAUAGAAUAAAUUCUUCUAAGGAGCUUCAAAAAUUCACAUAAAAAUUAAAAUUUAGCUUAGGUAUAAUCUAAUAAUAUACAUAUUAUGUACAUCGUAUGUUAUUUUAUAAUACACGACGAAAGUAAAAUCUAUGGUACAUCAUGGUUACUAACAUCAGAAAAAACUGAUUAGGAGUCAAACUAUGUAUAAUUUCUGUAAACCAAUUUUUUUAAAAAUUUUUUUGAAGCCUUUUUGAUGUUCGUAAUUUUGAGAAAUAAAUAAAUAAAAGCACUUUGUUUUUAAUUUCA